UGGGAGAAGAAGGAUGGUCAGAUUAGCAGACGUGCUGUUGGGGAGAUCAAGAGGACGCCUGGCGUUACGUUUAAAGCUACUAUCCAGAGCCCACCAGAUCCUCAUCGGUCCCUGAAGUCUACACAUGGCCGAACACAUUUUCCACGCCUACCUGGAGAUGGCGCUUUGAGUGGUUCGAGUGACUCGAAUAAUGAUGGAGAAUGCAUUGUUCCCCUAGACUCUACCAUCUACGUCUCGAUUCUAGACCCUAUAGGUGGGCCUGCUUUCAAGCCCAGUCCGACUAAACCGAUCCCUCGAUGGAUGCAAUGGCUCCCAAGCCAGCGAAACCGUCAUCGACAAAACGAGCCUCAACCACACUCCCUUCUCGACGAAUAUUUCCCUCCCAGCCCUAUACCCGAAGCCAACGACUACCUUACAUGCACACCAAACACCAUCUGCCCAACGAGUCCCCAAGAGGACCUGACGACUCUACGCCGCCAUCCCUCGCCCCUAACCCCCAACUUCGGUACUCUAGCCAACUCAACCAUAAAAACCAUCAAAGGCCCCUCCUUCAUCCUAGACGAACCUCUAAUGCGUCCCUCCUCACGAAUAACACAUUCAAAAUCCAACAGCUCCAAAUCCGCCAAAGGCGAUCCCUUCACCACCACCUCCCCUGAUACAUUCCCACCCCGCACCCAGUCCCCCUACGCACCGCGCCGGCCUUCUCCGCUGGCCACACACGCGGAAGUGGCCGAAACCAACAGUGGCGGGAUAGCCAAGUCCUGGAAGGCGCGGCUACGGCGCUCCCCGUCGCCGCUCGCGGAACACCUAAGACGGUACGUGCGGCGCACGCCGCCGGCCCAGUCUUCCGAGUUCAUCAACCUGUACCGCCCCCUGCAGCCGCUGAACCCGGGGGUCGCGGUGCCUGGACGGUUGAUGGGCAGGGAUGUGGGGGAUGGGAGGCCUGUGCGGAGGAUGUUGGGACGGCUGAGAACGCCGUCGCCGAGGACGGAGGGGGAUGGGCAGGUCGUUAUGGGCACGGGGGAGGUGGUGGAUGCGAAGAGUGUGAGGAAGAGGUCCAGUUUGCAGAAUGAGAUCAGGAAGUUGUUUGCGGGACGGGGACAGGGGUAGGGGAGGGAGACAUUAGGGAGUUGAUGGGGUGGGGGAUUGUUAUGUGUAACCUGGACUUCUGUAAGUACUGCUAGGAAUUAGAUUUUAUUGCGUCACUGUUCGAUUCUGUGUGUGAUACGGAGAUUGUAUUUGGAGAUCUCG